AUGCCAGAAGAAGAGCGGAGGUUCAGACCACCGCUGUUAGAGGAUGAGAAACAAAGGAGGCGGAGGGCGUACCAAAGAGCAUUGCGGCUUUGCGCAUUCUGCCCUGGGAAGGAAGUAAACGCGCUGAAGUGGCUGGAAGAUUUCGAGGACGAUCCAGAUGUGGAACCCACAGUUCCUGACUAUUUGGCAGCCCUUCGAGCUUGCGAGGUGAGCCAGCAGCCCUUGGAGAGAGUCUGGACUUUGCUCAUGGAUAUGCGAAAGAAAGGCUUGGACCUUGACAGUCACUGGGAGAAGACGGAGCCCGAUCAAAGUGAUAGGGACAAGAAGAAGCAGAUACCUAUUGAGGCCUUGGAGCUCUUGGAGUGGAAUACGUCGGAGGAUUCUUGGGAGACCUUGGAGCGCCACGCCGAUAUUUGGCUCCGAGAGCCACCUCAUCCGAGGGCCUUAGCUGCAGUGCUUCGUCUCGGCAGUCUGAUGAAGCGCCGUGGCCGUGACGUGGACGCGGUGGUUCGGCGAUUGGCAGUCGAUGUGAUCUUCGAGGCUUUCAGCAAGGACGAUGUUCAACGUCUGUCUUUGGUAAAGAGCCUUGGGGCCUUUACGGGCGAAGCUUUAAGGUUUCUCGGGAUUCACACACUAAGUGAUAACGGCGUUGACUCCGCAUGGCGCGCUAAUGCUGAGCGCGCAGUACAUAGACAGGUGAUGCUCAGAAGAUGGACUGCCUGGGACGACCCAGAAGGCCCUGGUGACUUUGCGUGGUUGGCCUAUGAUCUCACCUGCCAGUCCAACCGACUGCAGUGUGAUGGUGAAGUUGUGAGCCGUGCGCCAAAGAGUACCGCUGCAGAGGAGCUUUUUCCACCUCUGGAGCAGGACAAGCGCUCGAACCAUGCAGAUCGCAGGGCGUUGCAUCUUCUUGCAGAGAAGCUGCUCCACGGAUUUUCCGCUGAAAGUCGUGAUUGCUUAGAGGUUCAUGGAGUCAUGAUGCUCUACACGCCCUUCCCGCCUGAGACUGCAAGCAUCUAUGCAAUGCAGCAGUUCUUAAAGCUUUUCCCAUGGGUUGAGAUGCACGUUGCCUUUAAUGACGCUUUGGACCUUUGUGGCCCUGUGGCUGUGGACAGAAUCAGGUGUGGCAUCAAGGAUUUAACCGAUGCAAACUCACACGAAAAUGGCCUCAAUGGUACGAAGUCCUGA